GCUCAAGAAAUAGUACGAAAGGGAACCACACUGUUGAACCAUUUUAGUUAUUAUAAAGUAUUUAUAUAAAAAUAUUAUUAUUAUUAUUUUAGUUACAAAUUCUGUACAUCUGAAAAAAAGUUAGUGUCUUCCAUUCGAGAGUUUGUGGAAAUAUUAGAAGAUGUUGUCCACUCUGUCCUCUUUUCAGAGACAGUUAUCUUCCAUCAUGGAGACACUGGUGCAAACAGCAGUGCUGGAGAUCAGCAGACUGGUGGAUGUGGAGUGUGAAGUGUUGCUGUCGGAGCUCACCCGCAGAAACACACCGAGCUCGAGCGAGGACACUGGACACACACUCACACACAGCUCCACAUGUGUCAAGAGUGAAUAUGCCCAAGAAGAGAUGCAGAAUCAUUUCAACCGGUGUAGCAAUGAUGUUAUUUUUAGAGACAGCCCAACAGUAAUUCAGCAAGACCAACAGAAGUGUGAGGUCAACCAGCCAAUAGGUAUGAUAAAGCAGGAGCUACAUGAAGUAGAUGUUUGGAUUGGUCAAGACAACAGUGAAGCGGGAACCCACUGCGGUGAAGCCGUGAGCCUGUCGCCCACCAAGGACGUUCGCAAAAUUGUCCCUUGCGUUGACAGAAAAAGUCGAGAAAAUGCAGCUGCGAGAGUCCCGUCUAAAUCGGAAUCGCUGAACAAAAGCAGCUCACCUGGUGAAAUGAUGGUGAACCGGCCGUUGUCUAAGAAACACACAUCUGAACCUGAAAACACUUCAUUUAGUCACACACAGAGUUUGUCCACAAGAACAUGCGGUGCUGAUACUAUGCCAGGGGACAAGCGGUUUGUUUGCACCUACUGUUCAAAGUGGUUCAGGUGUUUUAGUCAGCUUACGAUACAUCAGCGGAGCCACACGGGUGAGAAGCCCUACAGGUGCACACUAUGUGGAAAGAGGUACAUUCAGAAAGGACACUUGUACACCCAUCAGCGCACCCAUACUGGAGAGAAGCCGUACCGAUGCCCGCUCUGUGGAAAAGGCUUUAUUCAGAAAUGCACUCUUGACAUGCAUCUGCGAAGUCACACCGGAGAAAAACCCUACACCUGUAUUAAAUGUGGGAAAGGGUUCACAACGAAGUUUAAUCUCAACAAACACCUGUCUUGUCAGUCUUGCAACAACAUCAUCAGAAUUGACAUCAUGAAUACUGCCGAUUUUCAGACGCAGUUAACAUCGAUAAUGGAAAUUAUGGCGAGAACAGCUGCUGUUGAAAUAAGCAAACUUUUCGACGAGAAUUCGUUGCUGUUGCGAUUAGAGAUUUCACGAUGUACAAACGAAAAUGAAUCUCUGAAAAAGAAAUGUCAUUUUCUGGAGAGUGAACUUCAGUCUGCUCGGAAACCCGCUGGAAAGAUGAAGGGAACAGAAGCUCCAUUCAGCCAUCCGGGACUUCGAGACACUGGACAUCGUCCCACAAUUGACAAUGUCUUCGGUAAGGAAUGGUGCAUGGACCUCUGGAGACACCAGGAGCCAAACGUUGGUGAGCAGGACGACGACACACAACUGGACUCUUCAAUCAUGACUGAAGAGCCAGUAAAUUUGCUGGAUGAAGAACCAGACGUAAUUAUGAUAAAAGAAGAGACGCUGAAGAUUGACGAUUGCUCUAGGAAAAGUAAACGUAAUGCAGACCAAAGGAGCGGUUUGAGAGGUCCAGCAAUGACCAGUGAUGAGAGAUGUGUUGCCCAGAGCUCUGAGGAUUUUAUCACAUACACCGUACCUUCAGAUGAGCAAGUCCAAGCGAACGUCCAAGCCGAAGAACAAGCUCUUGAAGGAACAAUUUCGACAGAUGGAGACUGUACGGCAGAGUCAGAUUUGAGUGCAGAUGUUGGAUUUUUUCCAAAUCACCAGAAUCUCAACCAGACUUUUACACUGAAGAAGAAAUUUAAUUGUGUGUUCUGUGGGAGAAGCUUUGGCUAUUUAAGCCAUUUGAAAAAACACAUGCGGUCACACUCGGGAGAAAAACCUUAUGUCUGUACAGUUUGUGGUCGAAGGUUUGCUCAAAAGAUAUAUCUCACAACUCACGAGCGCACUCAUUCAGGCGAGAGGCCGUUCACGUGCAUGGAGUGUGGAAAGAGCUUCUCUCAGAAAUCCUCUCUGAACGUUCACCUCCGAAGCCACACCGGAGAAAAGCCAUUCAGCUGUUUAGGAUGUGGGAAGAGAUACGCGUACAAAAGUGCUCUUAAAUCUCACCGAUGUGUUAGUUAGAAAAGAAAUGAAUUGUUACUGAGUAAACUACUGUCUAGGGCUGCGUUUGGUGAGCGAAGUUGAUCGUAGAGACCAUACGAUGCUUCUGGGAAAUGCAGCUUAGGUCAUUGUACUAUAUUAUGUUUGUUGAACAGAAGGAUGAACAUGAUACUAUUUAACAAAAAUAUGUAUUAAAAGUGUCAAAUGCUGAUAGUAAAGGUUGUUUGUUUGUGAGCAUUGUGAAACGUUUUCUUGUGUCCAAUUUUCUGCUACUUUUGGAGAACAAGACCUAUUGCUUUAUUGCUGUAACCUUUUGAUAACCAAGUUUGAUAACUUAAUAACUGUUGUUUUUUGCAGUCCCUAAAGUAUUUUAAUUUUUUUCCUGAAUAAAAUAUCUUUUUAAAUAAA